AUCGGCCAGACACGUCGCGCCACUUGUGUCAUGUAACACGAAACCAUUCUUCUAGAUCAAACUACAAUAGAGCAAUAGAGCUCGUGUCAGAGGCAAACACAAAUGGCGUUCCACAGAACAAUGGCACGCUGUCUAUGGGUAGGCAAGAACGCAGCCGCUAGAGGCGCCGGCGCGGCCAUUCCCAAACCUCCGGCUCCCCAUCCCCCGGCACCGCGAUCUCUGCCGGCCGUGGACGACUGCCCGACGCUCGCAUUCCUGCGGCCGAAGCCGACCGCGGUCGGGUACGGCACCGCGACCGUCCCGCUCCCGGCGCACUGCUUUCCCGCCCUCCCCGUCGGCGACCACCUCUUCCACCGCCUCCAGCUCGACGGGCUUAUACCUCCCGUGAGCACGGCGACGCGGCCGCCGGAGCUUGUGGGCGUGACGGUGGAGCAGGCGAGGAAGGUGGCGAGGGCGGCCGAGAUGGAGGUGGCGAGGGCGAGGCUGAGGUCCAACGCCCAGAGCGUCGUGUCCGGGUCGGAAUUCGCCGCGCUCUGCGUCGACAUUGCCGGCGGCGUCGAGGGAGGCCGCCGGCUGGCCCGUGCGCUCGACGAGUCCGGCGUCGUCAUCGUCCUCGGCGAGGCCGUCUUCCUCCGCCCCGACAUGGUAGCGAAGGCCAUCGGGAGCAUCCUCCCCGUGAAAAAGCAGCUGCAGGCGCCGCGAGCCGGAGACGGGAGCGAGGCGCGCAAGCGCGAGCUGGAGGCUAUGGAAGCUCAGAAGGCGGCGAUCGACGCGGACGCGGCCGCGCAGGUGCGGCGCGAGCUGUGGUGCGGGCUGGGCCUGCUGGCGACGCAGACGCUGGGGUUCAUGCGGCUCACCUUCUGGGAGCUGUCGUGGGACGUGAUGGAGCCGGUGUGCUUCUACGCCACGUCGCUCUACUUCAUGUCCGGCUACGCCUUCUUCAUGCGCACGGCCACGGAGCCGUCCUUCGAGGGCUUCUACCGGAGCCGCUUCGCGUCCAAGCAGCGCCGCCUCAUGCGGGCGCGCGGGUUCGACGUCGACCGCUACAACGCCCUGCGGAAGGGCCAGGGGCAGGGGCUCGUUCCCUCGCCGACCCCGACGCGUGUAGGCACGUCAGCCAUGUACAAUAGCGCGUCGCUCCGCCCGGACGAGGCCGCUUGGCUUGUGCCAGGGGGGCACACAUGAGAUAAACGUGCGUCGCAUCGUCGACUCACCGUCUAAUCGUGAAGCAACAGCUCUCUGUACAGAUUCAGGAGGACGAGCCAUGGUAGAAGAAGGCUCGUCACAACGGAAACUAUAUGUUUAACUAACGUGUGACACACACCCUGAUUCACAAUCUCACACGCGUGUUGAGUGAAGAAGAGACGUAUCGGGAACUCGAGGUUACCUAUCUGAGCAAAGGAAUUAGGAUCACGAUCCUAUUGGCUUUUUGUCGUCAUUGGGGACUCGGAACAUGCUUUUUUAUCGUUU